UUCCUUUUUACCUUUUUGUUCAGUUUGCCUUGAUUGUUCCUUGCCCGUGAGUGGAUCUUUACUGAGAAAAGAAUGCAAAACUCAUGUUAUAUCUCUCUCUGGUCUCAGAGAUCGAAUCAUGGCAGAUUAUGAGGACUAUGAGGUUGUAACUUUUCCAGACUUCAAAGAAUUCACCUGUCAAUUUGAAAAAAAAGAAGAAAAAGGCAAAGGCAAAUCUGAUCCCAAUAUCCAUCAAAAAAAAAAAGCAAACUCGUUGUUCUCAAACUGUGACUAUUGCCCUCAACCCCCUUUGUCCACCCUUGCCCUCUCUAUGUCCAACUCUACCUUUGCCCCUGUUUGCCCCCUUGCCCUUGAAGUUCACGGAUCUUACCCAUGUUGGAAAUGGAUCCCUGAGACACAGCUUUGUGAACAGGAACGAAAUGAAUUUUCUCUCAAUGGACAGUCGUUGUUAGAGCGCUACAACAAAAUUAAGGGUACAAAUUUUGAAUUUGUGAGACUUGUGAAGAUCCAGUUGAUUCCCAGUAGUGGAAUAACGUAUUUUAUUCAAUUCGAGGCCAAGCCCAACAGUAUUGAGUACACUCUAAAAACCUUUGAAGGUUCCAUGUUCAAGUCUUAUGUCCAUUCUAAUAGUAGAUUGUGGCCCAUGUCUUGUAAACUAUUAUGCCCCAAUUCUCAACGGUAUGUGCUUCCUGGACCUAGCGUGUGGACAAUAUAA